CAUGCAUAGCAUUGUCGUUUGCCCGCGCGAUUUGAGAUUUUGAACGAUUUGAGCAAAUUUGAGCAAAUUUCACGAGAUUUUUUGUUCAUCUUCUUGUCGACUAUGUAACACAUAAGAGUACUUAUGAAGAUAUAUAAAGCUCUCAAUGGCUGACUGAAGCAGAAGGCUAUCUAAAUGUAGAUAUGGCUGAAAGUCUUACAGGGUCUCGKAGUCGAAGACAGGCCAAAAAGAGAACAUUGGAUGAUGGGAGUUCUUCUUCGACUCAGCGUUUCAGGAAGUGUGAAAAUAGUGGGUGUCCAUGUGAAAGGCCUGAAUGCUGUGCUGAGUUGAGCUCAGGUUGCUGUGGUAAUGGGUAUACCUCUCGUUGGUACCACAUAUCUUGUGGAGAGCAUUUCUGCAAUGCCUGCUUUGAUCAUAUGUAUAGAAGCCAUAAGGAAGGCUAUGCUGAAUAUGCCAAGUGGAAAUUUGCCUGGGGAGGUUGCUGUCAGAGAGAGGCUAGUACSAAGACAUAUGUUGCUGAGAAAGUCAUGGAGUAUUGGGUACAGUGUCAAAAGUGCUGCAAAUGGAGAACGCUGCCUAAAAGUCAAGGUGAUUUGACACCUGAAGUUUCCAGUUCGUGGGUUUGUAAGUCAUAUUCCACAAAGAAAAAGGCAAAAGAAAAAAAGCCCAAUCCAUGUGAUUUUUCAGAGGAUGAGAGAGUUGCUAGUGCAUUAUCUGCUGGCUGGUUGGCAAGUUUGUUUGAGCCACCACUUCUAAAGAAUAGUCCUGCAUCGCCGUACUUAAGGUCRUACUUUGCUGAUGGGGUUGGGCUAUCUCCUGUUCUAGAUGGUGAGGAUACAGGAAGUAACUUGACUACUGACAUUAAUAAAGGUUAUAUYCAACCUUUCUAUAACCCUGAUAUUGGUGAGGCAGCAUUUACCUAUAGACCUGAUACAAUGGAACAAGAUGAAGUCAAGAAUUUCCCACUGUUUGCUGCAACAAGGGAAGGAUCAAUURUUUAUCUUACUUUAAGAAAUUUGAUUCUGGCUUUGUGGGCCUCAAACUGCAAGGAAUACCUGACAAAAGAAACGUGUGCUAACCAUAUCAUCACAAGAGGUUUAGUAAGAAUCCCACUUAUUCAAGAAAUGGAAAAUAUUUUACAAUACUUAUCAAUAAAAGGAAUUAUAAACCAUGGAAUAAUCGAUGGUUUGCGGCAACCRAUAUUCAAAAAUGAGUCAACAGUUAUAGUCAUAGGAGCAGGUGCCGCAGGACUCUCAGCAGCAAGACAUCUUAGUAAAUUUAAUGUAAAGGUAACAAUAUUAGAAGCUAGGGAUAGAAUUGGUGGACGUGUCUGGGAUGAUAMAACCUUAGGAUGUUGUGUUGGCAGAGGUGCUCAAAUAUUGAAUGGCUGUAUAAAUARCCCCAUAUCUGUACUUCACACACAGCUUGGACUAGAUAUGCGUCAUGUAACUGGUCACUGCGAUCUGUUUGAUGGAGAAACAGGGAAACCAGCAGACAUCAGCCUUGACAAGAAAGUGGAGUUUCAUUUCAAUGCUAUCCUUGAUGCCAUAGCAGAAUGGAGAAAGGACAAGUCAUGCAAGAAAGAUAUUCCUCUUGAAGAUAGAAUACAAGAAAUGCACAAGUUGUUUUUAGAAGAAACACAAGUUGAAUUCUCAAAGGAAGAAGAACAGCUUUUAGAGUUCCAUCUUGGUAAUCUKGAGUAUUCUUGUGCUUCUCAUCUCAGCAAAGUGUCUACUUUCCACUGGGAUCAAAAUGAGGCUUACCCCCAGUUUGUAGGUGACCACACCCUAUUGGAGCAUGGUUUUCAGGCGCUGCUGGAGGGACUGGCUAAGAACCUGGAUAUCAAGUUAAAUACGCAGGUAAGAACCAUCUUUAUCGAAGUACGAGGAGGCUNUUCGAUUGCUACCAUAGACAAGAUUCUAUUGGAACAAACAGCAGCAAAUGUAGACGAGAAAGACGAUGUCAAUUCCAGCAUCCGGCAAAUUUCUCAAUUGAAACAUCAGUGUGAAACAAUGACCGAUGAAUUGAACUUGGAACACUUUAUAUUGGAAGGCUAUGAAAAUUUACAAGAAAUUUGUGAAACUACAGUAAAAAACAAAUCCAUCUUAUCAACCAAACCAGUCAAGCGCAACACAAGCCUGCAUUACAUUCCCAACCCGGAAAUCAAUACUGCAGUGCAAAAACGCAACCUCGGUGAGGUGGUGGCAAACGUGACAGACCCGUCACGUUGUUCUAUCGAGUCUGUAAGUAACGCCAGAUUUGGUUUUAUCAACGAGUUUCAAAUCGUGACAAGAAAUUCAGAAGGGAAUGUCUGCUAUACCAAUAAAGGCUCAAUUGAUGUACAAAUCCAAGAUGUUGACGGCGACGAUGUACAGAAAGAACUGACCGAGACUGAAACUGGCAGAUUCWYAGURAAAUAUAGAGCAGAGAAACCUUCACCGUACAAAGUUGUAGUGAGUAUUGGAGGAGAAGAGAUCAAAAACUCACCACAGAACAUUGAGGCAAUUGAUGCUAGAGCAGAGUUGAAACCCUUGAGAUUAAUGGAUUCGAAGGAGAUGUCCGCACCAAUUGCACUUUCUGUAAGUGAUACUGGAGACAUAGCUGUGGUCAAUAAUAAYGGUAAAUGGGAUUUCAGCGUAAAGUUGUUCAGUGCUGAUGGAGAUUAUGUUCGAGAGAUUGGUGGUGCAGAAUCUGGAGACGGUCAACUGAGUUAUCCACAUGGAGUGAUCUUCAAUGAAGGCCAAAUACUUGUCWGCGACAWUGRUCMAGRUAAUAAGMCCUGUGGCUGUAUAAAGGAAUUUGAUAUCAAUGGUACUUACAACAGAACUCUUUGUAAACAACCURAAMRUAUURGGAUCACAGGAAUGUGCAAAGUGAAUCMAAACAUCGCGUAUUUGAGCUAUAAUGUGGAUACUAAAGACACAUUUAUAAAGUUGUUUGCUMAACACAAUGGUGAUCACCUUCCUGACAUCAAACUAGAUGYWCCUGAUGAUKGUCAUGGGMACCCURUGUAUUUAGCCUAUGAUAACAAUAAGUACUUUGUAACGUUUUUYAAWACAAACASUGUUUAUGUUUUUAACGAGGAUGGUCGUCUGUUGUACMAGUUUGGAGRGAARGGCAACAAAGAUGGYCAGUUUGRUGKCGUASRUGGACUUGCMGUGUUUGGUAAAGAAAUGCUUCUUGUCUGUGAUYKUAAUARCCACCGCGUGCAAGUCUUCAGUCAAGACGGUCAGUUCAUAAGGUCCUUUGGUAGGCGUGGUUCAGGUCUUGGUCAAAUGGAUGGUCCUGUUGAUGUUGCUGUAACACCAGAUGGUCGAGUAUUGGUUAUUGUUACCUUACCAUUGGCUGUUUUAAAGUCUGAGAUGGUUGAAUUCACCCCUAAACUUCCCUUAGAGAAAACAAAUGCAAUAGCCAACCUUGGAGCAGGUCUCAUAGAAAAGUCGACCCCUAAGAAGAGUCAUGUUCUUAUGACAGUACUAACAGGAGAGCUGGCACUCCAAGCGUCAAGUAUGAGUGAUAUACAAAUAGUUCAGCAUGUGUUGGAUUUACUAAAAGGACUGUUUCCUGGUGAGACAAUCCCAAAGCCAGAUAAAUACAUAGUAAGUCAUUGGGGGCAGGAUCCCUAUUCUGGUAUGGCCUAUUCAUUUGUUCCUCUUGGUUCCACUGGACAAGAUUAUGAUGAGAUUGCUAAAUCUCUAGAAGACAAGUUGUUCUUUGCAGGAGAGGCUACAAAUCGACAAUUUCCACAGACUGUAACUGGAGCAUAUAUCAGUGGGAUUAGAGAAGCAGAAAAAAUACUCAUGAAAAAGUUUGAAGAAGAAGAAGGUUUUCAAUAGUAUUUUUUUAUGAAAUCCGUCAGUGGCCUUGCCCUCCGCCGCAGCCAGAACUUACAGUACCUUCCUUCUCGGGCUCUAUUUUGAUUUCCCAUUCUAGAGACCCGUUUACACGAUUUUUGCAGCGCGAUAAUCGCAAAUUUGCUAUCGCGUAACUAAAACCUCUACGAUUGUUUCGGCGAUGGAAAAUCAGAAUCGACGCGAAGUUGCUGCCAAUUUGCAAGCAUGUUCGUAACUCAGGCAAUGUUCGCGAGACGAUCGCCGCGAGAAUCGCUCUGCAAAAAUCGCAAGUGUAAACGGACCUCAGGGAAUACAACUAUGGAGAAAUUCGUCAAGGACGCGGCUUUUUUUCCUUAGAUUGCAUAGUUCUUGAUCUUACAUUUCCUUUCGACGUAAUAAUUCCCGUCAAGAUAAUUAAAUAGUAUAAAGGGUCAGAUAUGAAUGUAAGGACCGCAUGGCACUAUGAGAUACAUGAUAUAGAAUUAAAGGAAAGUUAUAGUGCUAGGAAGGAGG